AUGGCUUCAUUUCCUUCUCUCUGUUUAUCCAAGCAACAAUUGAUUAGCAUUCUUCUUCUCAUUACUGUCUUCUCACGUGUGACCGAUAAACCUCCUGCUGCCUUUCCACCAUAUGGAGAGACAUUCUUUAAUCAACCGACAGGGCGAUUUUCUGAUGGUCGUUUAGUCAUUGAUUUCUUCGGUAACAUAAUUUCGGACUUCCAUUGGUACCACCAAUUUGGAGCUGGUAAAGGAAGAAACCAAACGUUUUUGAAGGGUGUAAAUUUUGCUGUGGCGGGUGCCACAGCUCUUGAUAAUGCAUUUCUGGCACAGAAGGGAAUCAUAAAUCCAGUCACAAACGUUUCUUUGGGAGUUCAAGUAGAAUGCAAUGAACUCCUUGAAAACUCCUUGAUUCUCAUGGGAGAGAUUGGUGGAAAUGAUUUCAACUUUGCAUUUUUUGAAGGGAUUACGACUGAAGUGAUUCAAGGAUUGGUCCCUGAUGUUAUCAAUGCCAUUUCUUCAGCAAUUCAGGAGUUAAUCAAGCUGGGGGCAGCGACAAUUCUGGUUCCAGGAAAUCUACCAAUCGGAUGUCUGCCAAUCUAUCUAACGCGUUUCCAGACGUCUAAUAAGCAAGAUUAUGGCCGCUCUACCGGCUGUCUGAACUGGCUAAACGACUUCUCCCAGUACUAUAAGGGAAUGCUUAAAAACGAACUAAACAAAAUCCAAAAGCUUCAUCCUCGUGCCAACUUUGUUUAUGCAGAUUAUCAUCAGGCUGCAAUAACCUUCUAUCGUUCUCCAAGGCAGUUUGGAUUUAAUAGCACUCUUACUGCAUGCUGUGGAGGGGGAGGUCCAUACAAUUUUAACUUCUUGUUAGGUUGCGGUAGUCCAGGCAGGACAUCCUGUGGUGAUCCUUCCUCGUAUGUUAGCUGGGAUGGUAUCCAUCUCACAGAAGCAACAUGUGGAUUGAUUUCCAAGGCGCUUUUGGAUGGCUCGAGUACCAUUCCUCGGCUCAAGAUCCCAUGUGCCUCAUCAUCUGCUGCAAGUGAUUAG